AUGAUAGAUUUUAAUGAUAUUGAAAAACAUACAACAUCUGGUGUAUUAUGUUUGCGUGAUGAUAUUCGUAUGAAAAUGGAAGAAAAAUUAGCUGAAGCUAUGGAUUAUCGACAAAUGGCAAAAAAUAUUUUAAAACGUAUAACGUGCAAAGAGGAAUUAAUAGAAAACAAUAAUGAUGAUGAUUUAAAUAAAAAGCAAAAAAGAAAUCUCAAUGAUGAAAAUAAAGUUACAUUAAAUGAUAUAAAUCAAUUAAAAAAUCGAGUCAAAUCAAUCGGUAUUACAUUUCAUGAAAUGAAUACUAUUGAAAAUAUUUUAACUGAUUGUCUUCAUUAUCAAGAUGAAAUAAAAACAUUACUUCAAUCGGAUAAACUUCAAUCAACUGAUGUUUAUUCAAAUUAUAUUGAACGUAGUGAUCAAUAUCAUAUUGAAUUACCAAUUAUUGAACGUUUAAAAUUAUUCUAUCAAGCUAGUAUUUGGUAUGAACUUGUACAAAAAACAUUAAAUCGAACAAUAUCACCAAGUAAGCUUCGAUCAUUAAUAUCAUCUGGGCAAGCAUUUCAAGCAUUACAUCAACAAAUUCAACAAAAAAUUAAUGAAUUACAAACACAAUUACAACAAUUAGAAUAUUGGGAUGAAAAAUCUCGACAAUUAACCAAAGAAGAACCACGUCCAACAUUAAAUACUUUAGAACAAUUUGUUAAAAGUGCUGAUGAAGCAAAUAUUCAUUUAAGUUCAAUUGAUAAAAUAAAAACUUUAAUUAGUGAAUGUCAUACAUGGAAUGAAAAAUUCGAACAAAUGCAACAAGGUGAACAUUAUCCAUUUUUGUCAUCAUAUGAACAAUUAUAUGAUCAAGCUCGACAUUUUCAUAUUGAUUUGGAACCAUUAAAAUUAAUUGAACAAACUAUUUUACAAGCACGUUCAUGGCUUGAAAAAACACAAACAGUUUUUCGUCGACCAGAUUCAAAUUUAACUUUAAUCGAGAUGAUUACACCACGUAUAAGUGUUGCACCAAAAACAAUAACAAAAAAAAGACAAGCUUCGAAACGAAUAACAGUUGAUGGACCAAUUAAUGAAUCAAUUGGAAUUUUAGAUGAUACAAUCGCUAAAAUACUUGCCAGUGAUGAGAAUGAUCCAAAAACUGUGUAUAAAGUUUAUCGAGAAGCAACAAUGAAAGAAAUUGAAUGUCUUAAUGAAUUACGUGAAAAUAAUCAAAAGAAACGUUUAGAUUCAUCAUCAACAUAUUGUAUAUGCGAAAAACCCUAUUCUGAAUUAAUGCUUCAAUGUGAUUUAUGUAAUGAAUAUUAUCAUCGCCAUUGUUUACCUUAUCAUGGCUCAGAUGUUAAUACAUCUGUAUGGUGGAUAUGUGAUUUUUGUAUUCGAUCACGAAGACCACGUCUGCAAGAUGUAGUUAAACUUCUUGCAAAUUUACAGAAGCUAACAGUUCGAUUACCUGAAGGUGAAAUAUUACAAUGUUUAACUGAACGAGCUAUCGCAUGGCAAGAAAAAGCCGAAGCGUUUCUUGCUUCACCUGUUCUACGUGAAUUGAGUACAGUCAAACAAGAAAAUAAAAUUAUAAAGGAUGAAUUUGUCAAUGAUACAAGCAAACAACAAUCACGAAAUUUCGAAUCUGAAACAUCUCGUUCAUUAAAUAAUUUGGCUGAAAAUCAAUUAGAAAAUUUACUUAUUGAAGGUGGUCUUUUAGAAAUUUAUGUUGAUCAAAUAAAAUUACUUACAAAAUUAGUUCAUUCAUCACGACGAUUAAAUUUAUCAUCAGAUAAACCAAAAACUGCUCGUUCACAAACAGAAAAAACUAAGUCAACAACAAUACGUAAACGAAAAUCAUAUGAAAUUCUUUCUAAAACAGAAAAAACUGUACGACGUAAACGUUCUCGUAAAUCAAUAUUAUCUGAUCAACGUUCAUCAGAUAGUCAAUUAGGAACAUCUGCACCUGUUGUUUAUGUUUCAUCAAUGAUUGAUAUUCAACAAACAUCAAUAAAAUCAUCACCUAAAUCUGAUAUUGAUCAUGAUAAUAAUCUAUUACUUAUAUCUGAUGAUGACAAUGAUCAAACAAAAAAAGGAAUUAUUAUUGGUGGAGUUGAAGAUGAAUGUGCAGUUGAUGGUGGAGCAUGUUUAAAGCCUAGUGGAUCAUCAAUUAAAUGGGUCUGUUGUGAUGCAUGUGAACGAUGGUUUCAUCUUGUGUGUGUUGGUUUAACAAGUGUUAAGAAAAAAGAAGAAUUUAAAUGCGCACGAUGUAAACAAUUAUCCAUAUCAACAGUAUCAUCAUCAACAUCAACUCCAACAAUGAUUGCUACUUAA